AUGACAGUGAAACGUAUGACGCGGAAAGGACCGAACGAAACAGAGUUGACACUAGUAACCCUGAGCCAAGACGAUCGACAAGGAACGUCAGGCAACCAGAACGAUAUGUCGAGGAAAUUCCCUCGUCGGUUAUUAGUUAAAAAAAAAGGGGAGUGAUAUAGUAAUGACGUCAUGUCAUUCACUCGGCACCAUGACUAUACGGUCGGAACUAAUUAAAUAGAUGUAGAUAAGACACGUUGUGUAGAAGGAACACACACUAAGACAUCAAUUAGAACUGUAUCGUUAUGUUAUGCUAAAUAUAUUCUAUAGCACAAAUAUAUACCUAGUACUUAGAUAUUACAUUUAGGUUAACCUAGGGUUAGGCUGAUCCAACAUUGAACAACUGGGCCCUGAUAUCCAAACUCCUAUAGAUACGGUUGUCAUUUUUUUUUUCGAUUUUGGCUUAUGAAUUAUUAACGAAUUUUAGACUGCAUCGUAUUCUUCUGUAUAAACUGGUACUACUGACAGUAUAGUAUCGCUUGGCCUAUAAUGUAUGCAGUCUGGAAACACUCUGGUUAAAAUGUCCUGGUUAACCUUCCCUGUUAACACUAUUUGGGGAUAACUUGAUAUUCAUUUUACCCAUUUCCUACCAUAAUCUCAGUAAUUUAACCACGAAUCUGGUUAUAUUUGACCAGAUCGUCCUUGUUAAAAUAGCCAGACUAUGUAUUGUUUGGCCUGCUCGCAAGCCGAAAUUUCGUUCAAAGGAAAACCGAAUUUUCGGGGGGGGGGGACUGCGAGCAGGCUAUGUAUUUUUAGUACAAUAAAUAACCAAGAGGCUCUGGCUAUUUAUCCUUCUAACAUACUGUAGUUUGGUUAAAUUAACCAGGAGGUCCUGGUCAAUAUAAUUAUAGUAGUAGGAAAAAUAUUAAAUAACCAAGAAUAUUACGUUAACCCAAAAAGGGUUAUUUCUAGGUUAACCCGGAAAAUUCUAACCAGAGUGUUUUUAAAGUGUGAUAUUGUAUUGUAAUCUUGAACUGUCUGCGCCAGUGUAGGUUGUGCCAAUAUAAAUAACAAACUUCGUCGGUAUAUAGGGGUGCAACUACCUGAAAAAAUAUAAGGAGAAUUUCGACGUUUCGAGCGAAGGUUCUUCGUCUGGAGUUACUGACUGGAGUUACUGCCUGGAGUUACUGACUGGAGUUACUGACUGGAGUUACUGCCUGGAGUUACUGACUGGAGUUACUGACUUGAGUUACUGACUGGAGUUAGUAACUUCAGACGAUCAAAGGGCAUUCGCUCGAAACGUGGAAAUUCUCCUUAUAUUUUUCAGGUAGUUGCAUCAGCAACGAAAGCAUGUUAUUGGUAUUGUAUUGUACUAAAUGCACUGUUAGUAUUGGUCUGUACUGCAUUCUGCAGUAUGUACCAUGAUGUCUUGUACUGCGCUUCAUUCAUGUACACUAUAAUGUAAUUAACUCCAUGAUACUCUCUAUUAAUCUACUAGCUAAACCUAAAGAGCCAUCAUUCUCAGAAGAAUGUACUCUUACUAAACUCACCUGGCAAAAAUCAUCUGACAAAAGUGUAAAAUAUACUUUACAAGUGAGAGAAGAGGGAUCAAGCGGUGCCUGGGGUGAUAUAAUAACAUCAAUUGAUACGACUUACAGUCCAUCAACGAAUGAAACUCUCAGUAAAAAUAAAGAUUAUGUAUUUCGAGUUGUUGCCACAAACUGCGUUGGAAGUACGGAAAACAAGGCGUGCAUUGUCAAAGGUAAGGGAAAACACUGAUUGUUAUAAAUUCGUAACAUAAGUACGUUUUACUGCUAGUAUGUGCUUGCUAGCUUGCAUGAUUACCUGGUAUAAUUGACUAUGAGAAAUAUACGGAGUUGUGCAUUUCUGAUGCAAUAGGAAUGAUAAACGAGGGUCUGCAUGUCAAGACAGUUCUUCAAGUUUUGUGGCUACAUAUAACAAUUUUUCGUGGCAGUAUAUAUAUAUAACUAAUCAGUAUUAAAGAUAUAUUGUAAAUAUUAUGUAAAAAUUAUAAAGUAAGGCAUGCUCAGGUUGUUUUUUAGAGGUACUCUGCAUGUGUCAGCAAAUUUAUUGUAAUUUAUAUUAUAUGCAUGGGAGCAGAAAGGUAAGAAAAAUGCAUUUGCCGAACAGCCAAAUACUGUAUUAUCAUUACGACUACAAGUAAUUCCAUACAAAAUUCCCAUGUAACAAAUCUUUGUUAACCUAAAAUUUAUAGUUUGGCCUUGGUUCAAGUCAAACUUCUGAACCUGACCUUUCGUAGCAAAAAACAUUCUUUUAGCGCAAAAAUUCUGUUGUUUGUAUCGUAUGCAUGGGUGCGCAUGGAUAAUUUUAUUGAUAACAAAAUUCCAUAUGACAAAACUUUGUUUACCCCCUCAAAUCGUCCAUGUUCAACCCUCUCCACCAGAGAAAAAAGAGAAUUUGUCGAGAACAACUUUUCCUAGCGUGGACUCAGGCUGUUUCGCUUUGAACUUCGCAAUUUCUGCACGUUCGCAUGUAAAUUGACAGCGUUUUUUUGACCUUAAUUUUUCAUAUACCAUGCAAUCGACGAACAAACCAAACUACAUAAAUGCACAACAACCUAUUUAUUACGAUACCAUCCAACAAAAACGAGGUACACUGUACCAGCAAUGAAUACCGCCAAUAUAUCAAUUACAACAAUAAAAUACAUAAUUUUUUUAAAUAAAUUCUGCAAUCCGAUGCGCGCCAAUAUAGUUCUUAUGUAAAUCUGAUGAUACAAAACACAAAUGCAAAACUUAACCAAUAUACGAACUCAACUUGUAGUAUUACAUGUAUAACCACAGUAGAAGUAUGUAUACAACUGCAACGUCAGCUAUAAUUAUUUAAUGCUUGUCUUGCAUAAAAUAUGCUGCAGAAGAAAGCAGAUCUAAACCUGGAGAGCUUUCAUAAGGCCUUUCAGUUUCUUCGUUGACAGUCGUUUGACCCGAUUCUUUAUCACCAGUAGCAGUGUUUAAUUCCAAUGUUUGUUGUUUGAAACCGCUGUGUUCUAAUGUACUGUGCGGUAUUGACGACGAUUGUGCUCCGAAGUAGUUGUAUCCAGGCAACAUAUGCGUAGCCAUAGGAAAUGUGCCCAUUUGAUGAUUCUCAUAGAAAGGCUGUUGGGAGUACACUUUUUGAACUGGAAAAUGGGUAAAACCCGUUAUACUGUGCGACUGCUCAUUGUACGGUAGUUUUCUUCUUGUAGAGGCUUUCUUAGGUUUUUUUCCGACUGUGGAGGCAAUCACUGCUGGACGAUCUACUACUGACACUUGAGGAUGAACUCAGCUCGGAGUUACUUGAAGAUCUGUCGUGGUAAACUGACUUGCCUUUACGUUUACGCUUUUUCUUCCCUUUAUAGCUCGGGAAUGCUUUUGCCUCGUAUUUUGUUCAUUAUUCAUGAUUUUUGUUUCGAUGAAAUCUGUGUUUGUAUUUUGUUUUUGUGUCAAGACUUUACCGUUGUUUUUGACAGGAGACAAGUUCAUGUUCACAUUGAAUUUCGCUGCGUGUCCGCUUGAUUGACUUUGUUGUCUUCGUUCGUGUGCUACGAUGCCGAGUACUCCUACAUCGCCAACUUCAUCUCGUAACGUACGUUUACACUUGGCAAUUGUAAUUCUAAGCUGUUCGGGAUCAUUUGUAGUUCCUUCGGGAAUUUUACCACCAAAAAACUUACGCAAUAUUCUAAUAUCGCGAAGAAGUUUUGGUCGGUUCGUUUUAUAUUCAGGAUUAACUUUCAUCAUUCUUGGAGUAAAAGCUUUUAUAAACUGGUGCUCACUCUUGCUUUAAAAAUUAUUAAUGCCUUCCAAUUCUUCUUCAAGUUGUUUAAUAGCGUCGCUCUUUUUUUUAUGGCGCACUUCAUUCGAUUCAUUUCAGAAGUAUAUUCCGGAUGUUUAUCCUUAAUGCCGCAGUACGUAAAUGACGAGCAUCUUUCCAUGAUACAUGGUUUAGUUUGUUGAUUUCUGUGUUCUCGGUGAUGAAAAUUACCACAGACGACUUUAUACCUUCCAAUCUCAGGUAAUUCCGGUACGAUUAUGUUCAUUGAUUCCAAACGGACUUGCAUCACCUGCAACUCUUGUCGAUUUGCACGAAUUUGCUCUUCGACAUUUCUUUGACGAUUUCGCAAUGGCCGCUUUGCUGUCGUUGGAUAUUCCGUAGUUUUACUCUAGGCACAGAAUAGAUAUAGGGCAGAAGCUUCACUCAAGGGUAAAAAGUGUGCCAGAAUGUCAACCGACUUCCGGUGUGGCCGCCAUGUUGAAAGCAACCAAACCAGAGGAAAUUUUAUAGGUGUUAGUAUGGCGGAAUACGAAAUAGAGCCACUAAAAGUGCUCUAGCUUUUCAUGUAUCCAAGCAAAACUCAUGAUACUUUGAAAUAUCAUAAAGAAGAGCUUGUUCUUUGAUUUAAUUGUCACUAUGAGGAUGAGAAACGAAUUUAUGCGUGGAAUUUGGCCAUUGCCAUACAUCGAUUAAUAUCACCUCGGUCUUUGGCGAAUACAGUAGUGAUAAACAUAUAAAGUUAUAUAGCUUAUGUGUGGUUAGUCCGAUCGCCGUAAAAUAUGUUUUGAGGAGUCAUACUAAAGAAUGCCCGGGAACAUUCGUUGAAUGCCCGGUUACUAAGUAGUUACUAAUAAAAUCACUUAUUUUAUGAAGGAUUAAAUGAUUCUUGUAAUAUAUGUCAUUGUAAAAUACUGUUCAUUCAAUAUCAAUGAAAUAUAUUUUCAGUAGAAAACGAUAUUUUUGGCAGUAAAAUAUGUUUUCGGCAGUAAAAGAUAUUUUCGGCAGUAAGAGAUUAUUCAGUUCGGUAGUAAAAGAUAACAGUUUAAUAUAACUUUUCUCGAAACGAAAGAGCGAUCUUUUCAGAGCGAUCUGAGGAGAGACUUUUCGCGUUACAUCUAUAUUGUUAUUAGGUGAAUAUUUUGAACGUUGUUAGAUAUUUAAUAUGUAGCAGGUCUUGUAUAAAUAAUACAUCUAAAAAGUGCGGCAAGCAGGAAGGUCUUUAGCCUUAGCCUGUAAAAUAAUUUGCCAUUUAAUCUUCGUUAUAAUGCAGAGAACGGGAGGACCACAACACAUUGAGUGGCUCAAAGAAAACACAGUCUAUUAUAUAAACACAGCAAGGUAGUAAUAAUGUCAAUAAACAAAAUAUUAUUCGACAAAAUAUUCUUAAAUGUAAUCGAGUAAUAGUGUUGUCUGUAUUUGUUUUUCUGUACUCAACUGACUAAAUAUGCUUUCCGUGCGACACCAGUUCGGCUGACAAAUAUUCCUACUUCCGUUUCAAAACUUAACACGAUAUUUUAGUGAUGUUACAAUGUAACAAAUGUAUACCAUCGAAUGUUCAUUAAGUUUAUUUAUAGUGACAAUGUCACUCAAGUUUUAACAAUUUGUUGUUGUAUCACCCUAUUUAGAACUAGUUUACCCACAGGGUAGUGAAUGCUGCCUUGGCAUAGCAUUGUUCCCAAAUCUUUAAAUGAGAUUUUUUGUAUGUUACGUAACACGCGCUCAAAACUAUUGCGUAUAAUAUACCACACGAGAUUAUGACUAAAAUCAAAAUUUUUAUUUUUCGAUACGUAUCUCAAUCGGUAAAAAAAACUUAAAAAGUAUGUUUAGUGCUUUAUCUGUAAAAUAAUGCUAAAAUGAAGAGAUUUUAGAUGAUACGCCAAAGAGAAAAUGAUGUCUGAAGUUCAGUACGUUUUGCUUAAAUGGUUGUAAAUAUAGCGUCAAAUUUAAGACAUCAUUGAUAAUUGUAGUUUAAUUGGCAAUUUUUAACUAUUAUUUUAUGUUUCUCAACCGGCAGACGCAUUUAAAAAGGUAGCUAACUCUAUAAACUGUGGAGAAUAAAUCUAAAACAAAGUAAUUUUGAGAGGAACGCCAAAAAGAUUUUAGGUUUUGAACACUUUUCAUUACAAAUACGUGACAUUGAAAAAAAAUUGCCUCUUAAUAUUUUAAAGAAUAAGAGUUAGAAAUAUUCGUAAUGAAUUGGAAUCGUUCGUUUGGGGGUGGGGGGUUUCCAGCUGUGACGUUUCUCUGUAAAUAUCAUGGAAAAAUUCGAUAGUUUUUUCGAAAGCCUUAACAUUUCGAAAUCAUCUUUGCAGAGUUUAAAAAAGAAAACAACUUGAUACAAACACCAGUCUAUAGGCCUACAUUCGUAAUACCAUACCUGUUCUACACGUAUACAUUUAUAUUAUUAUACGCCUUCUUGCAUUAAAAACACUCAAAUUUCAAGAAAACCGCGCUAAAAUGAUCAAUAUUUCAUGCAAAAAAAAGUUGUUUUGAGAAACGUUGGAAAUUUUGAAGUUCAUAUAUAUUAAUAAAAAAAGAUAUGUCAGCAGAAGAUGACAUAUUACUCGCGGAAGCAUCGCCAAUAGCCGACCGUAGAAAAUAGUAGAAAAUUACCUUAUGUGUACUAUGUUGAACAAAAUAUCGAUAACUAUGUGUGACGUUUCUAAGGGGGGGGGGGUCUCCAGAGAAACGAACAUAUGACGUUUCUCAUGGACGAAAUCGAUAUGUGAGACUUCCCUUAUUAAACCUUAACCAAUAAUUUUUAACUAAAUUUUGUGUAUAAAAGGCUCGUUCACACUUGCAAUUUUUACUGCGAUUUUAGGUGCAAUUUUCUUCUUCUGAUGCAUGUGAACGAGUGGAUAAGUUAUGAAUGUUCUGAUGAGGGUAGAUGUACUCCGAACAUUCGUAAUUCAUCGACUUUUCAACACUCGUAAUCAGGGACGCCGGAACGAUCAUAAGGCAAAGGGGGGCGGACCCACAGCAAGGGCACUUCUCUAAAGCAAAACUUCAAAAUCUUCCGAAAAUUUUUAGGGGUCAAAAAUUUUUUCCGGACAUACCAUAAGUGAAAUAUAAACUGUAAAUUGUCUGAAUCUCAUUAUUUUCGUACAAAAACCAUCAUUCUAAAUGUGACUUAUCACGUAUUUUUUAAUAACUAAAAGGGCACUUCUGCCCCCCCUGCCCCCCCUAGCAAAAGGCAAGGGGGGCAGCCGCCCCCCCCCCCUGCCCCCCAGUUCCGGCGUCCCUGCUCGUAAUAAUAAUAUAAACAACAUAUAAAACUUCCAGUAUAGAGUUAUUGUUUGUUACUUACCGUCAAAAUGGGAAAGAUCCAUCACUUUUGUAAUAAAAUAUGUUGUCAUGCAGACGUCCAUGUUUACAAACAGUCGCAUGGCUACCAUCGGAAAAUAUUGUGAUGUUCCGGUAUAUUCCGGGAAAAUGUCGUGAUAUUCCGUCAUAUUCCGCCAUAUUCCGUGAUAUUCCGCCAUAUUCCGUGAUAUUCCGCCAUAUUCCGUGAUAUUCCGGCAUUCCGGGUUUUCACAACGCCCAAACUUAACACGAUAUUUUACUGAUUUUACAAUGUAACAAAUGUAUACCAUCGAAUGUUCAUUAAGUUUAUUUAUAGUGACAAUGUCACUCAAGUUUUAACAAUUUGUUGUUGUAUCACCCUAUUUAGUAUUAGAUCGUGUUUUGUUAUAAAGAAUAUUAAAUAAAGUUUAUCCAAUCAUCUAUCCAUCUGUCUAACUUAUAGACAAUACAGACUAUUUUAUGGUCAUUUUACAUAAAUGGGAAUCCGGGUGUCUUAAAUUCCAGACUCUAGGACUCUAGACUAAUAGAGAUUACAAGGGAGAAGAGCCUGAGAAUGAGGUUGCUUAAUUAAAGUAUUGAUUACAAGUAUUACAUUCAGAAUCUAUUAGACAUUAAAUCUAAGACCCAUCAGCGAGGCCCACCAAGGGUGUUAUGACCGACAGGUGACAUUCCUUGAGGUGACAGACUAUCUAAAAAAGAGGUGACAGACUAUCUAAAAACUGAGAGCGACAAACGAUAGCUCCUGACUGGGAAAAAGUGACAAAUUGUGUUAUGGGUCAAAAGUGACAGCGACAUAUAUUACAAUAAAACAAGCGACAAAGCAGCUACAAAAUGAGUGACAAGCGACCUGGGUUACACCCUUGGUGGGCCUCAUCAGCAGGGACUGCAGAGCCUGUUUAAAAGUGGAGGAGGAGGCAAGAUAGCAUGGGAUGUAUGGCAUGCAGACAGGCUGGAUUUUAUCCUAAACUUAUUUCAUUAUGUGUACCAUGAUUUUCAGUUGCUGUACAUAACGAAAGACAUUUGGAUGUGCCCUUAGGUAAUUUCAGCGUUGACAAAAAUGAUUCAGUUAAUAUAGUAGAGGGUACAGAUGAGGUGCUGGGGAUGCAGGCCUGUCCUAGCCUUGGCAAAGGAGGGUGUCAUUUCUCAGGUCAUCUCAGACCUGAGGCCAUGUGACAAACAGUGAGCUGGAUUUUGUGUAAAAUUUAUUAUUAAACAUUUUUUUAUUAAACUUUGUUAGAACUUGUUCAUUAACUGAGUGCUAAAAGUGUGCUGACAUCGGUUCAUUAAGGGUGCCAGUGUCCUUAUCAAAUCCUUUAUUUUUUAUUUGGAGAGGCAAUAUCCCCCUUACCACUAGCUAGGCCCCUGGACCAAGCCGAGAACAGUGCUGGCCAUAACACUUUGUCAACAGUUGCACCCUAAACCAUGAACAAGGCUCAUUAAACCCCCUUCCAUCCACCAGAUCUGGCUGUUUUACAGUGGUGUAGGUGGUUUUAACAGAAGGCAAUAUCCAGGCCGGAUUUUGGAGGAAAUAGUUAGGGGAGGUGCAGCUGUCUAACUCACAACCCCCAUGGAAUGUUAGUGCUUAUAUAAAUGUGCCCCCUAAAGUCUACUAUCACCUGAUAUAUGCAUGUACUGUACAUAUGUAUCAGCCUGAGUGUAGUUAUGAAUUAUGACUGUACAACUCAUUAAAUUGUGUCCUUUCUUACAAACUUUCUUAGGUGUUCAAAGUGAUGACCCUAAGCUUUACACAUUUAAACAUUUGUCAAAUUUUCACUUAUUCACGAUCUAACAUUUAAAAUUUCCCAAGGACAGGGGGAGUGCAAAAAAUCUCAGGGGAAAUGCAAAACGGUCUCAGGGGAGGUGCACACCUCCCCUCAAAAUCCGGUCAUAGGCAAUAUUGCGAUACAGAGAAUCUUCACUUGGAAAAUGAGUUACUAAUUACACCCUACAGGAAGUUAUAUGUACAUGUUUUUAUCUCCAUUUGUAUAUGUCUGUCUCUGUGUUUGACUAUCAGUACGAUAAAUCAACAACUAUGAAACGUAUUAAUACGAAAAUUUGUGGACAAAUGAAACAUUACCCAUUACUAUUAAAUUUGGAUGAAAAUUGCAUGAGAAAUUGCAACUCAAAUUAGCAAAUGUUUGUGUUUUGCUUUGCCAGGUACAGUAAACUGAAUGCAUAAUUAGCCCAUUGUAAAAUUUAUGCAUGAUACUGUACUUCGCUUGGGGAGAUAUCAUAGGGAGAUAUGCAGUGAUUGCAGUCUGUAGUCAAGUGCCCUCUAGUUACUUCUCGUUUCCAUGAAAUCACAAGAAUAGCAAUAGACCAUUGCAAUUAAGUCCUAGAGUUGUUAAUAUGUAACUGUGUGUACAAGUGUACGCCAAUUUGCACACAAUUCCCAAUGGUGGGAAUAUACAAUUACUUUCUGGUUUCCGUAUUUGGAUGGCCUGAUCCAAAAACGCGGGAAUGUUGAGAGAGUUAAGAAAAGCGCGCGAAACACGAGCCGAAGACGAGUGAUUUUGCGCGCUUUUCUUAACUCAAACAACAUUCCCAAACUCGAACAACAUUCCCAUUCUUAAUGAUAGAAAAAAGUGUAUCAUAAUUUGACAGCAAAAACCUGAAAAGAUCUGAUCUUUAUUGAUAUAGAAAAUAAAUUAUCUUUCUUGCGUUUUUUAACUGGCUUUUCAAAAACAUUCUCUCCAAUUAUUUGAAAAUCGGCGUAAGGUAAAGAUUUUAUGUUCCAACUGCGAUUCUUCUUUGAAAACGGUCUCCAGAAAUAUAUAAUUAUUAUUAACUGAUAAAUAGGUAAAAUAGCGAGACAUGAAUCACUAUAAUUCCGUACUAAUUUAUACCAGUAGGGCAAUCAGCCUAACCGAGGGUAGGACCUUAGGGGAUUUAUACUUAUGUUGGGUGACUGUCCUGUAAUUGAAAACUCCUGUAAGUACUGUAGAAAUUGGGUUGGUUCUCUCCUAUUCUGUGAUUGUUUCUUCCGGGUGCUCCCACUUUCCUCACCCCUACCGAAAACCAGACUUAGUUAUCUAUGGCACGAAUAUCAUGAGCCUCUGGCGUGAAAGAAUCGUGCAUCAUGCACACCCUGUGAAAUGGACAUUAAAUAUAUCGUUAUUACAGGAGUUUAAUAUAUAGAUUUAAAAGUAUUCUCCUUGUAAUUGUAACGGAAUAUUUUUAAUUAUUUUGUUUAGCUCUUGGUGUAUUUACAUCCACAGCAGGUGGUAUAAAAUAUAAAAGAGAAUACACAACAAUUGAAAUUCCUUUCACAUUCAAUGACAACAAGUUUGCGAGUGUAGUUUGGUAUUAUAAGAAACGAGGCUCUUCUGGGAGUUUGAUCACGAUCUAUGACGUCAACCCUCAGGGUGAAACCACUACAGUUGAUUCAAACCAGUUCACAGGCCGAAUUGAGUUCAAAGGGGACUUUGCAAAUGCAAACCGAGAUGCUACACUGGCCAUUGAGAAUUUUAUGAAACAAGAUGAAGGAAAUUUUACCUGUGAAGUGAGAGCUGCUCGGAUCCGUAAACAGACAGUCACAAUCAGAGUGAUAGGUAGUAUUAUAAAAGAUGCUUUGUUUCAUUGAUUGUAGGCCUACUACAGUAAAACCCCGCGUAUAAGAACCUAGAUUUUUUAAGUUAACCUAAACAGGUUCUUAUAUAAAUGGUGUUUAUCGC